UCAUUAUCUGCAACUUUUAGUGUGGAUUUAUUUUGAUUCUUCAACAUCAUGAAACAACAUUUAGUGGAAUUCCUACAGUAAAACAAAUAUACUGUACACAUUUGCUCGUACUAUGUUUUUAUGGGAUGAUACAUUUAUGAAACCGCUGUAUCGCUAAAUCUCAAAACGCUAUAGGCCUACGUGCCAAAACAUCUGUGUCAAACCUAGCAUCCCCAUGGCUUCAAAAUUCCGUGGACUCGAAUCGACCAGGCUUACACAUUCCUCAUAAAUGCUGUCUUAAUAAACAUCUCUGCAAUGGAGUUUAUAUAGAAAUCUGUAUAAAAACCCCUGAAUAAAAUAUAAUGAGAAAGUAAUUAGAAGAAGCUCUUGGUACACACAUCCAUGUAUCCGAUAAUAAUAAUAAUAGGAAAUAAAGACUUGAUUCACAUCAAUUUGUAGUGAGUGUUAUAGUAUUUCUAGCUGUUCUCAUAUACCCCCCACAUACAAUCCAAAUAAUAAUUAGCUGGCCAAACAUUAUCAAUGGUCUCGAAAUUAUAAUUAGCCGAAAUUGCCAGAUGUCCAUCUUCAUGUAGCCUAAUAGUAGUGGGACUUCUAUUGCAUCCACUUCAUCUGCAACAAAGAACGCGAACGCGAUAUCUGCCGUUGCUAGACGAGGCGAGCAGGCUAGUCAACCAAGAAGUGUCCGACUUUUUGACUCCUCCCCCGAAUGCAAUCGGCACCUCUCGUCCUGUUUUCGAGGCAAGCCGAAAGUCAUCUCAAACAAGCCUGUAUCAACAGACUGCAUAGUUCUGAUGUAGCACGCUAGGAUUGCUAGCCAGUCAAAAAAUGCAGACACACCCCAGGCAGGUUAAACUAUAAUGCAGUUUGUCAGCAGUCACACGUAGCAACUACUUUAAUGUCUUGGCUUUCAUGAUCUGUAUGUUUCAAUGUUAAUGUCAGUGUAAAAUAUAGUUUUGAAGCUUUUAAAUAGGCUAUUAGGCUAGAUGACAAGGUACUGGCAGCAGUGGAGUUUUGCGUUGUUUGAAGGCUCGGCAGCUUGUCACCUGCAGUCAUUCAAACACAUCAGCUGUUUUCAUUGCUCAUUUAUUUAGUUAUCAAUUUAUUUCAUUUCUUAUUUCACCAUCAGUUUAUGUACUUAACAGUCAUAUUUGGUCUUCCAAAUUACAGUUCCAUCACAAUCAAAUUGAGUUAGGAAAGGUACGGUUUUAAAUGAUAUAAAUGUCUCAAUUUUGCGGUACAAAAAUAAGCAGCUGACUGAUAGGCCUAUUUAAUAUGGGAUACUGUCAAUAGUUUGAAAUAAUCGCAACGUUCGUAGUUGGCUAAUCGAGUAAAGAUAGCCUACAUUCAUUGCCUCCCUUACGCGCUGUAGCCUCCAGCCCACCAUUGGCUUGCAUACCUUUCCCAGCCAUCCGUAACCGGCAAACAGUGCCAGUGAUUCCGUUGUAUCAUUGAGCACGUGCCUGUGAAAUUUAUUAAUCAAAAUGGUUUAUUCUAAAUCUCCUCUCGUUAUUAAUUAAUGUUGCUCAUUAAAACAUCGGAUUUAAUAACGGCUCUCCCCAGCAAUAGGCUAUGGCUAAUUCGCGAUAAUUCUAGUUUGGGUAAUGGUACUCAUUGUUUGGGGUAUAGGGCAUGAACAUCCAAGAAUUAACACGCCUGUUCGGUUUAGUUAGACUUUGGCAUAUACCUGCCUCCUACACCGAGGGUGGUUUCUGAGUCAGGCGGUUCGCUUGCUCAUUGGCUCGACGUCACUAACAUUUCUCGCUAUGAGAGAAAGGGCCGUGGAAUAGUUUAUCAAAGAAAUUCCCUCUGAGCGGAGCAGGCGGAGGGAAUGGGCCAGAUUCAGACAGCAGCAGCGGUGACAUUGACAUAACUGCCGGUGAAACAAGGGAAAUGUUGCAUUUUACGUUUGAUGUGCACCUGCAGGUCCUUCUGGGAGUGGGCCUGGCCGUCUUCUGCUUCUGCCUGAUCCUGGGCUGCGUUCUGUGCUGGCGGCGCGGGAAACCCCGCCCCCCCGAGGACAAAGAGGCGGCGAUGUCACUUCCUCCCCUGCCCGCCGAUCACGUGAACCUGGCCCUGAGCGGCUCCUCCCCCUUGGCCGUGACCGUCCCCGUCAAGCAGCAGUACGAGGAGCUGGAGGGGGACGUGCUCGAGUACCCCUCCCCCUACGGCUGCUCCUCCCCCUCCCCCUCCCCUCCCCCCUCCCCUUCUGAGGACGAUUUCGCCGCCCUGCCCAGCUCCCCGCGGCCCCGCGCGGCGUCCGAGCUCAACGAGCACCCGAAAUCCCACUUCCCCCUCCGCAGGCUCAGCACCCCCGCCGGCUCCUCCUACAAGCCGGCGGUCCACGGCCGGGCCUCCCUGCCCUCCCUGCCCAAGCUGGGCCUGGUGUCCAAGACGCGGCGGGCGCUGGAGCGGCGCUGCACGGUCACGGGCGACAGCUUCCUGGACGGCGAGCGCAGCCGGCUCCAGCCGAGCCCCGCCCCCGAGGGCUCGCCCUCCGCGCUCCGGUACGGCUCCGGCUCCUGCCGCAAGCCGCCGCUCCGCCUCCACUUCACCCUGCUCUUCUCGCCGGCGCGCGGCACGCUCACCGUCGCCGUCCUCGGCCUGCUGGGGGCCUCCCGCCGGCUGGGCGGGGUCUUCGUGCGCGCCUCCCUGCCCCCGCUCUGCCCCGCCCCCCUGCAGUCCGCCGCCCGGAGGCGGAGCCUCAGCCCCGAGUUCCAGAGCCAGACCUUCGUGCUGCAGGUGGGCUCGGUGGAGCAGCUCCGCGGCUGCGCGCUGCAGCUGGCCGUCUUCGCCCGCGACUUCUCCGGCCUGCGGGAGGCGCCGCUGGGAGACCUGGAGCUGCCCUGCGGGGAGAUAGACUGGGAGCCUGACUACGCCAUUUCUUUCACCAAGGAGCUCAGGCCAGCCAAGUACAAGCUGAGAAAGAGCCUGAGCUCCGUGGAUGCGUUGAGUCGGAAGGAGCCCGUCUGCAUGCCCCGGGUCCUGGGCCAGCUCUUCGUCCUGCUGCAGUAUCAGACGUUGGCCCAUCGCAUCAAGGUCAUGGUCCGCAAGGCCGAGAACCUGGCCAAGCUCACCAGAAUGCCCGGGGCACCAGACCACUAUGUGGUGAUAAACCUGCGUAAGAAGGGCGUGGUGAUUGGCACCAAGGAGACGAAGGGAGCCGGCGGGUACAAUGCCGUGUGGAACGCCCCUUUCUUGUUUGACCUACCACCUGGGGAUGUCAAUCAACUGCCCCUUGUCUUGGAGUUCAUUGUCAUGCAGGGGCGGAUUUACACGAAGGGCAGCGUUCUGGGCCGCGUCCUGAUUGGCCGCGAGGCUCCAGAGACAGGGCAGACACACUGGAAGGACAUGUGCAGCCGGGGGCAGGUGGAGACAGCCCGCUGGCACGCCAUCCAGCCCGACUCACCUUAGAGCAGAAGGGAUAUCCUUGGACCCGUAGCUCCACCCACCAGAUUCAAAACCCCUCCCCCUACUCUUAAUAAUCUCUCCUUUCCCACAUAGGGAACCCUGAGCCAAAAGGGCGGGGGCUGGGGCAGGGCCGUGGAGAGGGCAAGGGGGCUGUGUCCUCUCCCACAGCGGGCCUGACCCCCCUAAAGCCAGACCCAGCCCUGAAGGUCCUGCCCGGUGAUCUCACAUCUAGAGACCUGCUGGCACGCAGAGGCCUGACAGUGUGCCAGGAAGCCAGGGGUACUCAGGUGAGGGACGCUGGUUGGAGGCAUGGGUGAUGCUCCGUAUCACACAGACCCACAGUGGUGUCUGCACUGUUGUGUCAUUGGGAGUCAGACAGAGCCAACGCUUCAGUCCAGCUGUUGCAGCCCCAUUAUGUGUUUCACAUUGUGUACAUGAGUACAUACUUUUUAGGCAUGCUCUACAAACACACACACACACACACACCUUUCGAGACAGUUUUCCUUCCACCAAGGAAGGAAAACAAUAUCCUCCAAGAGAAAGAACAGUUCCUGGGGGUCUGUUCCCUUCUCGUGGGCUGCAGUGUUAUCCAAACAAUCUGUUGACAGUCAUAGUCUUUAUAACUUUGUGAAGUGGAGUUUUUAGGUUGUGUUUUAUUGAGGUUCUCUAGCACUUGAGUGAUUUUAAAGAUUUGCACUUUGUUUUUCCCCCAAACAAUUGAAUUGUUCAUAAACAAUCAUCUUCAUAUCUCAUCUUCCAUCAUACUCUCCUUAUGGAGUCACAUCCUAAAACCCACAGGGUUGUCUAUCACAGUGGCAUGCAAAUGUUUUGGCGCCCCUACUAAAAUUUGUUUUGAAAAGAAGUUAACACAACCUCUGCAGGGAGCGAACCUUAACAUGACAUUUCUGUAAAUUGUAACGCACAAUUCAUUUUAAUCUGCUGAAUUCAACAGACAAAAUGAAAUGCUAAAUGUGGCAUAUGCAGAAAUUUGGCCACCUUGUCAGUCAGUUCUUUGUCAUGUCUGCUUUGGCAGAAAUCACAACUUCCAGUCAAGUUGGGUGUCAAUGAUCCUGAGUUGUGAAAGGCAACUUGAAAAAAAUCUGUGCGGAAAGUUUGUGCGCCCCCCUGCGGCCUGGAGUGUUAUAAAUAGAAGGACGCGGAGUUCGUAUUGAGUACACUGACAACAGUAUUUGGCAGCAUGUUCGCCUGUUCGUUCUAUUUAGAAAUGUUUAGGUUUAGGGUAUGGGUUAGGGAUAGGGUUAGUUGUUUGGAGUAUGCUGCAUUCCUUAGUCCACAGCACUUUGUUACAAAAAGUCUCUGGCUUACCAAAGUGUUGUGUUGCAUACUAUAGAAUGACUUUGAGAUGAGAUUGCAGGAAAUCUAUGGUUCUGACAACUCUUCCAUACAAAUCAUGUUUAUGAAAUUUUUGUGCACAGUGGACCAGUACAGCUCUACUCCAGUGUCACUAGGCCUUUGUGCAGGUCCUUUGCAAUGAAAUGUGUAUUUCGCUUUGCUUAGCUGACUGGUCUAUGAGUAUUUCUAUCAGAAAAUUAUCUUUGUCUUCCAGAUGUUGCCUUGACAUCAGCAGUUCCCCUAAACUUCCAUUUCUAAAUUAUGUUUCUGACAGUGAAAAAAAGUGUUUAAAUAUCUUCUUAUAGCCUUCUCUUAUUUUUAAGAGUCAAGCAUCGUCAUUUUCAAGUCCUCUGUCGGCUGCUUGGAGGAGCCUGUGGUUGUUGAAAGUAAGCACAACACCCUGAGAGGUUAGAAAGGUCAGUAAGUAGAGUAUUUAUGAAGCUCUGGAAUCGUCUUCAGAUGGCUUAAUUUAAGGCCUAACAAGCCAAUCAAGUUUUGAGACCUUGAAAAUAUUAUGGAUGGAUCAUAUUGAAAAGGGUCCCUAAUCCCUUUUGAUUGAUCCAUCAUAUUAUAUGAUGGAUCAAUCGAAAGCGUCCCUAAACUUUUGCAUGUGCCACAUGUACCGUUUUAUUUCUUUCAAACUGCUAAAUUCCGGAAAUAAAUAGCAAUUGUGUGUUAAAAAAUAC